UUUCGGUCGCAGAAGAAGAGACGGUCUACCGUCAUACCGUUCGGUGAAGCUAGUCCACACCACGCGGCCAUAGGAUAGGGUACACAACUUACGUACUUUACUUGACCGUGAUAACGUGUGUUUCUCGAAAGUGGUGGUUCAACUGGACCUCCCUCUCCUUAGUCGAGAUUCUUUAGUAGACCCCCGAAUCAGUCAACACUCGACAACGACAUCAUCAGCUGUUCCCGUGCGCUCGCAUUCUUUUUUCUUUUAUCAUUCAUGUUUUACCACCGCUCACGAAUGGGAUCCUAACAUAUAAUUAAUUCAUUCAUAAAAAUGAGUUCACUUGUUUAUGAAGAUUGAAUUAGUGAAUCUGGGUAAUCUUUAUUACUGAUGAAGAUCUAGUGUCAUUGGAAAUAAAGAAAUGUGACAAAAGUGAUUAAGGAACUUUAGAUGGUUCGAAGAAGAUUUAACAAUUGGAAUAGGUUUUCAGAACCUUUGUUUCUAGAAAACUUGGGUAGUUCGAAGCUUCUUAGCUUCGAAUAAUCCUUCCAACGUCAUCAAUCUAGGAAAAUCGAAAGAAUCUCAAAAAUUGAACAAUUCGAAAAAGAACAGAAAGCAUAUUUCCUAAUAAGUGAAAGGUUUCCCAAUGAUUUAGUUACUAAUAAUCUUUAAGUGAAAUCAGUACCAUGAUGAUUUAGUUAUUAAUCUUGAUUUCAAUUUGCAGUAUACAAAGUGAUUCAAAUCUGAUAAGUUGUCGAUGAUUGUGAGAGGAAUUUUCGUUUAUUGAAAUUAAUUCACUCAGUUCGUGAUGUGUGUUAAUGUCAAAUGUGAAGUUUAGUGUAUCGUGUUUUGUUAUAAAUUUUUUUAUUUUUGUGCCGUCAAACUGGAGGUUCUGGGAAUGUUUCCGCCGCGGACGGAAACGUCCACGGCUGAGAAGCUGGCUUUGUGCUAUGCGCCACACGUGGACAUGACAACUGUUAUUGAAGUUGAGGACCGUCUAACGGGCCAUGGUGGAAUUUCCUCGCUGGGCGGUGGAAAUUCGUCACCCUACUCCGGUGGUCAUCAUCAUGGUCAUCGGGGUAAUGGCAAUGGAGGCGGUAUGCCGCAUCAUGGAGGAGCAUCCUUACCAACAGCUUCAGAUUUCCAACCACCUUAUUUCCCACCCCCGUUUCCGUCCCAUCAUCAUGCACCAGCGAGUCCUCAACAUCCGGGACUUGCACAACCCCAGCACCUGGAUUAUCUUGUCGGUGAUCCUUAUACCCAAACCCUUAACACCCUUCAUCAACAUCACUACAAUCACUUGAGUGCGGCAGUUACCGCGGGCCAAAGGAGUGGGGAUCUCAGGAGGGACGCAGAAGGCAUUCACGUGACAAAUAUGCAUGCGUCGUUUCCUUACGAUGGUGGACGAAAUAGUGGUGGCGGUGGUGGAGGCGGAAGAGGUGUUGAAUAUGGUGCUGUUCGACGUCCGGACGCACUUCUUCCACCCCCAGGUCUAGAUCAGACUGAUCUUGUACUUCAUACAAGUCUCGUUGAUGACCCCCAGGUGAGCGACGAUAACACAAAUGUUGACGAUGGAGGAUUCAUGAACGAUUUACCCCUUUUAAAAAAUAUGAAACCAUCGGAUAGGGGUGACAAGGCUAUGUUAACAGGGAACGCACAACCUUCGGACGUUUUCUGUUCGGUGCCUGGAAGGUUAUCGUUAUUAAGCAGCACCAGCAAGUACAAAGUGACAGUGGCGGAGGUUCAAAGACGAUUAUCACCGCCGGAGUGCUUGAACGCGAGUCUCCUCGGCGGGGUAUUACGGAGAGCGAAAUCAAAAAAUGGUGGCAGACUAUUGAGGGAAAAGUUGGAGAAAAUUGGUCUGAAUUUACCAGCCGGAAGGAGGAAGGCUGCCAACGUUACGCUAUUAACAUCGUUGGUAGAAGGAGAGGCUAUUCACCUUGCCAGAGACUUUGGAUAUGUUUGUGAAACGGAAUUUCCAGCGAAGCAAGUUGCCGAAUACCUUAGUCGACAGCAUUGCGAACCGCAGGAUUCUUAUAGGAGAAAAGAACUGCUUCAUGCCACCAAACAAAUCACCAAAGAGCUCAUGGAUCUAUUGAAUCAAGAUCGAUCACCCUUGUGUAACACACGGCCACAACACAUCCUUGAUCCAAGUAUACAGAGACAUCUAACACAUUUUUCUCUUAUAUCACAUGGCUUUGGAAGUCCUGCAAUUGUUGCAGCUCUUACAGCGAUACAGAAGUUCCUGAGUGAAUCUCUAAAUCAUAUGGAGAAAAUGUAUCCGGGGAAUGGAAGUGGCGUAACUAGCAGUCAACAAUCGAGUCUAGAUGCAAAUAAAAAUAAGGACGGAUCAUUAAUGAAUGACAUGAAAAAGUGACGCCCAGAUGACCCGCCUACCUCCAACGUGGUCACGUCAAUCAGACAUUCCUGGCCCUAUAAUUGAAUCGUCGCUCGUCAUCAAGACAAGCUAAACUAUCAGUGGACCACGUGCAAUUGUGCACUUUUCCUAGAAAAAAAGUGCACGUGCGUAUUCACGCAAGAAUGUAUACGCAAAUCUGUAGUUGAGGUUGGCUGGUCAAAAAUAUUAUAUGUAUAUGAUUAGAAACUGAAUCAGAUUUACAAAAAGACGAAAACGAAUCAGAAGUGUAUUUUACUUAAUUAGUUUUCUUUUUUUUUUGUUCAAAAAUUCGCUUCAAUGAUCUCAUCGAGAGUUGAGGAUGUACAAUUCAGUCAGUGGAAAAUAAUAAACUAAUGUCGCCACUAAAAUUCAAAAAUGUAGAUAGCCAAAUUUUUUUCGAAAAAAAAUCUAAUUUUUACUAAAUUUUUAAAUACAAAAAUAAAUAAUUUGUAAACAAUUGGAAAAGAUCGUAAAACUGAAGACAAAUUAAGGCAACUGUAAGUUUUUUGUCACAUUCAGAAAUUUUGAAGCACAUUUCUUCGCAUCUGUCUCAAUAGCAUAGAAUAUUUCAGUUUUGCAAUAUUAUCGAUAUUCUGACUCUCGACAAAUAGUCAAAAAAAAAUUACGUUUUUUGAGAUUUGUGACGACUGAGUCUGAUUUUUUCGAAAAAAUUCUGUCAUUUCGUCUCGAGUGUGUAAUAUUGUGAAUAAUGUUUCUCAAAUUCGUUGUGUCAUAUCUGUACAAUAAUUGUUAAGUAUUACUUAAUUGGCCAAAAUUGUGUAUGAAAAAAAUAAGUCUUUCGAGGCACGCAUAUUUGUAAUUAGACGGUCUUUGAAAUAUAAAUGUGGAAUAUUAAAAAAUAAAUUAAUUUACGUCGACGAAAUCUUCCCACAAUCUUCCAAUAAAAUCGUGCCAAUGCGAAACUUGCCAUUUGUUAUGUGCCAAUUUAACAAACGUGAAUAAGGGGAAAAGCAAUGAAACCUUGGUCAUGAGAAAUUAACAUGUCGAUGCGAUGGCUCUAAAAAGAGAAGAGAAAAAAAAAAUACCCACACUCACAUAAAUAAAAGGUAUUAGAGAUAUAAUGUAGAAAAGAACAAAAAGCCGCACAAUGCAUUUUAAAAAAAAUAUAUAUUAAUAAAUAUAUAUUAUAUUUAAAUGCGUGUACGGUCAAGUGCAAAAAGCGCUUUUGAAUUCUCAUUCAAGUACAAUAUCAGGUGAACCUGAGACAUAUCUAACUUUGUAACUAUAAUUUAGAAGUUAAAAAACUCGAAAUAAGUUAUACUUGAGAGCAUUUGAUGUUCCGAGCGAGAAUAUGUACAGAGCAUUUGAUCUUUCUUGUGAUAUAAUCAUAUAUUAUUAAGGCAUCUAAGUAAAAAAAAGAUAAUACAUUCCAUGUUUUUAAUAGGAAUGAUUCGAGGCAAAUGAAUAUUUUCGAAAAUUCACCUUCUUUUUUAUUCCAGAUACUUAAAUUUUCAAAUUAAACAAGUUUACUAUUUCGAAAUCACAUGAAAGCUUCUUCUUUCUUAAGAGCGCGUCACAAUUUUUAUAAAUAAUUUAUUUUACAAAAAAGGAGUCUCUUUAUUUUAUUUAUUUAUGAACUUGUAAAAAUUGCAAUUAAAAAAUAAAUUAAAUUAUUUAUCAUUGCUAAUAAUUAAAAAAUGAUUAUGGAAUAAAAAUGAUAGGCGUAUUUUAACCAGUAUUGAUUCGUCUUGGUGAUUUAUAGCAUAAUUCGAGAUUACCCUAUUGCCAAAUCUCCAUGUUUGAUUUGAAUUUCAAACCAGUGGAAAUAAACGGUUUAUUAAAAUUUUAGUUUUAUUUUAAAGAUGAAUUGUGUCUUGUUUAUAAUUAUAAACAAUACAGAGAGAAAGAGUAUGUGUGUAUUUGUGUGUGUGAUAGUGAUAGACUGUGUUUAUAAAAAAUAUAUAUAUAUUUUCUGUUUUGAAAUAAAUCUAAUAUGGAGAUAACAUAUCCACAGUUAGGCAAAACUUGAAUUAUUUUCCGUCACAACUACAUAGAGGACUCUUUUUAAAUCUAUAAGAUUCCGUAAAUUAAUAAUUAUUUAUAAUCGCUAGCAAGCGUAGAAAACUUUUUUCUACAGGAAUUUCUGUGCCAACUGUGAAGAAUGCUGUAGAUGAUUUUAAGCAUCAUUCUAAUCUUGUAAGAUAUCUUUAUUAAAAAUAAUUGAAUUUAGUAGUAUAUUAUAUUCUGAUAUUAAUACGGUUCAUUUUUGUAUAUUUGGUGUGUGAUAAAUAAAUAAAUAAGAAUAUUGUUUCUAAGCAACCCAA